AUGACUGCACGUGCGGGUGACCCUCGUUUGGGGACCCUGUUCUCAGUGCAGCGCGAAGAGGAUGCCGACAUCAUUGUUAUUGGAUUUCCCUUUGAUGAGGGGUGUGUGCGAAACGGGGGACGAGCGGGUGCUGACAAGGGACCCGCGGCGUUUCGGGAUUUUAUACAUCGGCUGGGUUCUGUAAACAAUCUCGAGCUUGAUGUCGAUGCUUGCAAUGUAAAAUUAUACGAUGCUGGAGACAUCACAGCUAGUACUUUGGAGGAGGCUCAUGACAAGUUGGAGAAUAAAGUUGCCACGGUGCUUGCCCAUGGGGCAGUGCCUUUUGUGAUUGGUGGGGGAAACGACCAGUCGGCUCCAAACGGGCGUGCCAUGCUGCGAGCAUUUGGUGGGGACGUCGGUAUUAUUAAUAUCGAUGCUCAUUUGGAUGUUCGACCACGUCUGCCGGAUGGAAAGGUUCACAGCGGGUGCCCGUUUCGUCAGUUACUGGAAGAUAAUAACUUUUCAGGAAAGCGAUUCGUGGAGUUUGCCUGUCAAGGGUCACAGUGUGCUGCGUCACACGCACAGUUUGUGAAGGAUCAUCAGGGCCGCAUUAUGUGGCUGAGCGAAGUUCACAAGAAGGGUGCUGUGGCGGCGUUGGGGGAGGCUUUUGCCGUGACGGGAAAUAACACCUUCUUCUCCUUUGACGUGGACUCCUUGAAAUCAAGCGACAUGCCUGGGGUGAGCUGCCCGGGUGCCGUUGGCCUAACUGCACAGGAGGCGUUUGACAUGUGUUUUUUGGCUGGUAAAACACCGUCGGUGAAGAUGAUGGACAUGAGUGAGCUGAAUCCCUUUGUGGAGGCCUAUCGCUCACCGCGUGCUGCUGUGUUCUUGUUCUACCACUUCGUACUCGGUUUCGCUACGCGGCCGAAGCUGAAGGUGUAG